UGGCAUAUUGUUGCAUGGGCGCCACUCUUGGGUCAAGGUUCAAAUGCGGUCUCACCUGUGUGGAGUUUCCACAUGUCCUCCAAUGUGCGUGAGUUUUCUCUGGGUACUCCGGUUUCCUCCCAGAUCCCCAAGACAUGCAUGUUAGGUUAAUUGUCAAGACUCUAAAUUGCCCAUUGGUGUGAAUGUGAGUGUAAAUUUCUUUCUAUGUGACCUGCGAUUGGGUACUGGGCUUACCCCAACCCCACCCAGAGUCGGCUGGGAUAGGCCCCAACACUCCCGAAACCCUUGUAAGGAUAAGCGGAUCGGAAAAUGGCUGGACAGUCUAGCCUUGCAACUCGUCUGCCCCCUGCUGUCAGACAAAAAUAUUGCAAACAAUUAUCUGCGCAUACUGUCUAUUCAAUACUGCUGCACAUGCACUCAUUGUUUCCCCCGACAACAGAGUGUCAAAUCUGCCUCGCCGAACAAAUAUUUUUUAAAGGUUGAAAAUAAUUCCAAAGUAAUGUAGUGUAGUAGUGUGAUUUUUCUGGGAAUCAUUUGAGUUUGUCAAACAUCACAGUUGCCUAUUCCCAUCGUUUGUCCUAUAAAAUGUGGGAACAUGUCUCCUGAAUAAGCCAUCCCUGAUUUGGAGAUGAAACCAAGAUCAAGCUAUCAAGGAACAUUUAAUUCCUUGUAUGACAUUUGAACUUAAACCAUUGUUUCCGAACCUUCAGUGAGCCAAGCCACCCGUUUUAUAUUAGAAAAGUCCCAUAAACAGAAAAUAAAAAGUAUUAAUACAGCCGGCACAGAGACGCAGCUGGAAAGCGUUAGCCUCACAGUUCUGAGGACUCGGGUUCGAUCCUAGCCCUCCCUGUGUGGACUUUGCAUGUUCUCCCCGUGCCUGCAUGGGUUUUCUCCAGGCACUCUGGUUUCCUCCCACAUACCAGAAACAUGCAACAUGAAUUGGACACUCUAAAUUGCCCCAAGGUGUGAUUGUGAGCGGGGCCGUUUGUCUCUAUGUGCCCUCCGAUUGACUGGCCACCACUUCGGGCUGCAAACUGCCUCCUCCCCGUUGACAGCUGGGAUAGGCUCCAGCAGUCCUGCAACCCUUGCCUUCUUAAUUGAACACAAAGCAGAAACACUCGCCAGACGUCAUGACUUGGGCUACGUUCACACUGCAGGGCCACACGAGGCGAGGGACCAAUAGCAGGCCGGGGAGGGCCGAGCUCGGCGCCGUCGGACAGCUCCGGGCAGAGAUGCUCCAUUUGGAUCUCAUUGAUGGUGCUGACGGUUUCCGCGGUGAUAAAGAGUCUUCCAAAGCCUCCAUCGCUCUUCCUCCAGUCACCAAGGACCCUACACGACCUGUUACAAUGGAUACCUACCGGCCCAAGAGACCGACAACCCUUAACCUCUUUCCAGUUGUGCCCCGGACACAGGACACACUAAACAACAAUUCCUUUGGGAAGAAAUACACAUGGCAGGAAAAAGUUUCGGGGUCGUCGUCGCCUCUCAAAACUGGCGAGCUAACACCCUCGCAUGAGCACAUCUGCCUGAGCGACGAAGACAAGGUACGGAGCGGCGGUGCACAGACCAAAGACAGAGGCACCUCCACCGACGCCCCCUGCAGGCACUCGCAGACAUCUGGACAUUCGCAAAGCUCAACAACAGCAGCGUCGACACGGCCAAAGUGUCAGGCGAAACCACCCCCGCCCCCCCCACCACAGAAUUACAAACCAGCUCCUCUCUAUCCAGCUGGGAAGGUGGACGGAUGUGGCCACCAACAGGAGAGGGUCCACCACAACUCUGAGGCACCCCUGGAGGCCACAGAGGAGAUUUUUCUGACGCCAGUGCAGCGCUGUUCUGACCAUUCAGAGCCUCCUUGCACACAGGACCGGCCUUUCCUUUCACAACUGAGUGAGCAGGGUCGUAUGUCCAUUAGCUCUGAUACAGAAGGCCCACCUCCUUACCAGCCACUCCCUGACCAGUCCAACCCAUCCAUCUACGAAGAAGACGAAGUCUACAUCGCCCCACCUUCUUACGCAUCCUGCGUUGAAUCACUCUUCACGCCACCUAGCAUGGCCCUGUCAGCUCAUUCUUCCCUGGCACUGGACUUCAGUCUCAACGGGUCAGGAACAGGGGUUGGAGCAAUGUUGAGAACUCGAUCAUCAGUAGAGUAUGUGGAUGCAACGGAAGAAAACUACUGUGGGGAGGAUGAGGAUGUGGACAGAAUGAUCCUGGAGGAAAGAAUAAAGACAGCGGUCGGAAAGGUAGAAAGCAGCAACAGCAGAGCCACCAUGCUAAGAACUUCCAUGAGCUCUGAUGCCAGGGGCUUGUCGUACGACUCGGUCAAAUACACUCUGGUGGUGGACGAGCAUGCUCAGCUCGAACUUGUCAGUUUGAGACAGUGUUAUCAAGGUUACAGCGACGACAGCGAUUCGGCCACAGUCUACGACAACUGUGUCUCCUCUCCCUAUGAGUCUGCCAUUGGGGAAGAGUACGAGGAGGAAGAUGAAGAGGAAGAUUGCGCUCGCCUGGAAGGAGGGAGACGAGAGGCCACAGCUUGUCUGUCGGAAGACUCCACGCCAGAUGGUGACUUGCAUUUCUCCAAAAAGUUCCUCAAUGUCUUCAUGAACGGACGAUCGAGCUCAUCAAGUGCAGAGUCUUUUGGUUUAUUUUCUUGCACCAUAAAUGGAGAAGAGCAGGAUCAGAGUCAUCGAGCUGUCUACAGGUUCGUCCCUAGGCAUGAUGAUGAGUUGGAGCUAGAAGUGGAUGAUCCAUUACUGGUUGAAGUCCAAGGGGAGGAUUACUGGUAUGAGGGUUUCAACAUGAGAACUGGUGCCAGGGGGAUAUUCCCUGCUUACUAUGCUAUCGAAGUAACCAGGGAGGUUGACAGCUUCAAAGCAAGGAGCUGUGAGUGGCAAGACAGAUACCGACUCAAGUUCCUGGGCUCAGUUCAAGUGCCCUACCACAAAGGAAAUGAUGUUCUUUGCGCAGCUAUGCAAAAGAUUGCUACCAAUAGAAGAAUGACAGUUAAGCACAACCCACCUUCGUCCUGUAUCCUGGAAAUCAGUGUGAAGGGAAUCAAAUUGGCCGUUCAGGAGGAUUAUUAUGCCUCUGACCGAAGUAACGAGUGCAGUCACUUUUUCCAGUUAAAAAACGUCUCCUUCUGUGGUUAUCACCCCAAAAACUGCAAAUAUUUUGGUUUCAUAACCAAGCACCCGGCAGACAAGAGAUUUGCUUGCCACGUCUUUGUGUCUGAAGACUCCACCAAGGUUGUUGCAGAGUCAGUAGGGAAAGCCUUCCAUUUGUACUACAAAGAAUUUGUGGAGUUUUCGUGUCCCACAGAAGACAUCUACUUGGAGUAGACUAGUCCUGCCUUCAACUCCCGCCCUGUACAGUACACUCUAUCAUAACAUGAUGUUGCAUGAAGGACACGUUAAGAAACUAACAACAUAUCUGAGGCGGAAGCAAGAAAGUGGGUGAACUGUAAUAGUGUUCAAAGGUUGUUUGUGCAGCAGGAGGAGAUGGGAUGAAGCCAAAGGAGUGUUGAAGAGCCAAGGGAUAUUAUGCAAAAUAGCAUCGGUGAUAAUGAGGUGAUCACAGGCUGUCCAUGAAGAGCACACGUCAUUGCAGCCUUUGUGGUGCCAGUCAGCUAAGUAGCAGUCACCUCGCAAGGUAGAAAAGAGACUAAACUGCCUUGUCCUUGCACUAGAUUAUUUUUUUUUUCUUUUUAAUGGCAGUGGUAUUCAUACAAGACGUUAAAGUUAACAGGGUGAGACUUUUUCAUGCGAUCUUGAGUAUUUCGUGUGUAUGAACAUACAAAGAUGCCUCCAGUGGCACAACAAUAGAAGGGGGAGGCAGUAGACUACAAUUCGUAGCUUCCAUGGAUGGUGGCUUUCUGUGAACUGAAAAGAACCCUGGGAAAUGAAAGAAUUUACCAAAUAAGAGUAGACAUUGCCAGGAAAAAUAAUUAGUUGGACAUUGUGUGCAAAUAACUGUUGAACAUGUACUAGCAAUCUGACGACUUUGGGGAUUCAUUUCAGAACUGUGAUGGCAGUGUACCAAUACUGAACUGAUGAAACAUGCAGCUGUAUUUUGUUGAAUCCAGACAUUGUGUUUCAUUAGUGUUACAAAAACUAAGGUUUUGCAUCACAAAAUACUUUUAAUGCCAAGAAUAUAAUGGGCAGUUACGUGUUGUAAGAGGAUGUCAAAAAAGGACUUCACGUUUUGACCGAAUCAAAAAUAAAACCUCAGUUAAGUGAAUGAUACAGCAGGUGCACAGGAGCAGAGAACUUCACUACUAGUGCCUCUUUUUCAUCACUCAUCGAGACCUUCAUCCAUCAUGUCCGCAACAUUUGAAAUAAUGCUCAAUGAUGCUGCCGAGUGUAUGAGUAAAUGAAGAUUGUGAUGAUGUAGUGUUUUGGUUGCAUUUCCCGACUCUGCAUCUUACAUGCUGCAUUGGUACAGUUUGUUCUGUACUGCAACAUGUGCAGGUUCUGUUGGCUCUACAGAACUGUCCAAGCAUGCCUUGUUUAUCAGCUUUUUUGUUAUCCUGAGGACGUUUUUUGAAGGAAGGGAAAUCAGAAGAGAAGCCAAAUAGAAGAAUGAAUAGCUUGGUGGUUGUUCUGUGGUGGGGAUACAUAACAGCUUUCUUCAUCUAUCACUAACAUUUAUUUGUAAGAGAUCAUUUGAUGGGAUAUAUAUAUAUAUAUAUAUAUAUAUAUAUGAAACAGAAUGUUUUUGAAAUACAGGAUACUCAUGAGAGGAUGUGGCCAUCUUAAAGUUUCCCUUUAGUUCCUGCGAAUUCAUGUAAUGACUUUUGUACAGUCAGCCGAGCAGCCAGACACAACACGCAAUGCAGUGAGGGCUACACAAAAGGUGUACAGAUCUGUCAUUAAUUUAAUAUCUGUACAGGUAAUUAUAAAUAUUGUACUAAUUUAAC